AUUUAUCAUUUCCUACUCAUUUUUAUAUACACUUGUUCAUUAUAACUCUAAAAGCUAUCUAUAAUCAAAAAAAUUUAUAGAUCCAACUAACUCUUAAAAUGGAUUCAACUUAUACAAACUCAACUAUUGCUAAACAUGAAGACGAUGCUUCUACUGCUAUUAGUAUUGAAGAAAACAUUAGAUUUGAUGAUGAUGAAUUAGAAAGAGGUAGAACCAAAGUUAGAGGUUCUAGAAGAAAAAGAAGACUUUCUAUUCAUAGAAAAGAUAGUGGUGAUAUUUAUACUAUCAAAGAAAAGGUGAAACCUGAAGUUGUAUUACCAACCUUAUUCAAGACUGUAUCGCACAAGAUUGAUAAUGAUCUUGAAAAUGAUACUAAACUUGAAUCUCAAAACACAAAGUUUUCAACUUACACUUAUAACGUUGAUAAUAUUGAAACCAUCGUUGCUAGAUUCACCACCAGUUUGAUUAAUGGAUUGAGUCCAUUUCAACAUGAUGCAAAUUUGAAAAAAUAUGGUGUCAAUGUUCAAUCAAAACCUCCUUCAGGAUUGUUGAAGAAAUUAUUCAUGUACUUCUUUGGUGGAUUUGGAGCAUUAUUAUUAGUUGGUGGUAUAUUGUGUAUCAUUUGUUGGAAACCAUUAGGUCAACCACCGGCUAUUUCUAACUUAGUACUUGGAAUAAUCUUAUUGGUGAUUUUCUUAUUGCAAGCUAUAUUCAAUUUCUUUCAAGAUUUUUCCAGUUCAAGAGUUAUGGAUUCUAUUCAUAAUAUGAUUCCUACUAAAACUACCGUUAUUAGAGACAGUCAACCUUUAAACGUUGAUUCAAAGACUUUAGUUCCAGGAGAUUUGGUUAAAUUCAAUCUUGGUUCCAAAAUUCCUGCUGAUAUUAGAAUUAUAGAAUGUUCACCCGAUUUAGCCUUUGAUAGAUCAAUCUUAACUGGAGAAUCAAGACCAAUUCCAGCCACAUCCUUCAGUGAUCCUCCAAAAUCAAAUUAUUUAGAAAGUGGAUGUAUCGCCAUGCAAGGUACUUUUGUUAUUAAUGGUAGUGGUAAAGGGAUCGUGGUUUCUAUUGGUGAUGAGACUAUAUUUGGAUCUAUUGCUAAAAUGACUUCGAAACCAAAGAAAGGUUUAACUCCAUUACAAUUUGAAAUAAUUAGAUUUGUCGGUUUAGUAUCAUUGAUUAUUAUUACUUUGAUGGUAUUAGUUAUUAUCCUUUGGGCUUCUUGGUUACGCCAUUCUUAUCCUGGAUGGAUUAAUGUCCCUACUUUAAUUGUUGAUUUGGUUUCAGUUGCAGUGGCUUUCAUUCCAGAAGGUUUACCAAUUGCUUUGACUACUUGUUUAUUAAUCACAGCUAACGAAAUGAGAAAGAAUAAUAUCUUAUGUAAAUCAUUAUCCGUGGUUGAAACAUUAGGUUCAGUCAGUGUGUUAUGUUUUGAUAAGACUGGUACAUUAACUAAGAAUAAUAUGGUGGUUACCAAUGUUAACAAUGCAUUAGAACAAGAUACCGAAAUUGACGACUAUGAUAUUUCAAUUGCCCAACAUAACCAAUUGCUUACUAUUUCCACCAUUUGUAAUGAAUCCAAUAUAGUCAAUGAUGUUUCAGUUGGUGGUAAUGCAACAGAUAGAGCCGUAUUAAAGUUUGCAGCAUCUAAAGCUAAUGUAGAAGAUAUUAAGAAUAGAUGGUUAAAAAAAUUCGAAAUUCCCUUCAAUUCAAAAGAUAAGUAUAUGAUUUCAGUGGUUGAAUCAUUCCAACAAGAACAUUGGUCUGAUAUUGGUUUCAAUACUGAUUGUGUGGGAUAUGAUGAUGAAUAUUUAGUUAUGGUAAAGGGUGCUCCAGAUAUCUUAUUGGAAAGUUGUAAUUAUAUGAUGCAGACUAAUUCCACCUUAGUUGAAUUGACUCCAGAUUUGAAACAACAAGUUCAAUCACUUCAAUUAAGAUGGGCUAAUGAUGGUAAGAGAGUGAUUAUGUGUUGUUCAAAAUUAAUCCCUAAGAAAUCUACUAUUGAUUUCAAUUUAAAGCUUGAAGCUGCUAAAGAAAUCAAACAAUUGAUUCAAACAGAUUUGAUCUUAAUUGGAAUGAUAGCUAUUGAAGAUCCACCUAGAAGGGGUAUUGAAUCCGUGAUUCAAAAAUUAAGAACAGCAGGUAUAAAGAUAAUCAUGAUCACAGGAGAUUUCGAAGCUACCGGAUUAUCAAUUGCCAAACAAUGUGGAAUCAUCACUAAUGAUAAACAUAUUGAUAAAUAUGAAGAUUUAACUUAUUAUCAUGAUGAAAAGGAUUUAGAUGAUGAAUGUGAAAAUGCCAUCAGUAUCACUGGACCAGAUUUGAAUAAAUUAGAUGAAGCUCAAUGGGAGAAUUUGAUCACAUAUAAUGAAUUAGUAUUCACUCGUACCACACCAGAACAGAAAUUAUUAAUCAUUAAACAAUUUCAAAAAUAUAAACAAGUGAUUGGUAUGACAGGGGAUGGAAUCAAUGAUGCUCCUUCAUUGAAACAAGCGGAUGUUGGUAUUUCCAUCAUGAAUGCCAGUGAUAUUGCGAAAGAAGCAGCUGAUUUGAUUUUGAUGGAUACGGAAAAUGAUGAUGAUUUAUUCAAUGCUAUAAUCGAAGCUUUAAAAUUUGGUAGAUUAGUAUUUGAAAACCUUAGAAAGACAGUGGGGUAUUUAUUACCCGCUGGUACCUAUGCUGAAUUAUGGCCUGUAUUAUUGAAUGUGAUAUUCGGAAUGCCACAAAUGUUAUCAUCAUUUCUUAUGAUUAUAAUUUGUUGUUGUACUGAUUGUAUUGGAGCUAUGAUAUUAGCUUACGAAUCAAACGAAAGGAAUUUAUUAUCCAAGAAACCAAGAAGUAUCACUAAGGAAAGAUUAGUUGAUUUUAAAUUAUUAUUACAUUCAUAUUUCAUAAUUGGAACUUUCUACGCUUUCACUUCAAUGUUAGUAUCAUUCUUAAAUUUAAAAAGAAAAGGAUACAGUUUUAGUGACUUUUCAUUAUCAUAUGGAAGUUAUGAAACCUUAUCAUCAACAAUCCAAGAAGAUAUCAAUGUUUCAUCUUCGAUUUAUUUUAUUAAUUUGGUAUUCAUGCAAUUAUUCAAUUUAUUAUGUAUGAGAACUCGAUAUCUCAGUAUUUUCCAACACUCUCCCAUGAAGAAUAAGAAAUUAUUCAUUGUCAUGCCGAUUGCAGUUGGUAUAACGUUUUUCAUUAAUUAUAUCCCUGCUAUUCAAAAUGCAAUGGGUACAGCUCAAGUUCCAGUUGAAUAUUAUUUCAUUGCUCUUGGAUUUGGAUUGGUGGUGUUUGUAUAUGAUGAAUGUAGGAAAUUAUUUUUGAGAAAGUAUCCUAGCAGUAUUGUUGCAAAAUUAUCAUGGUGAGAUAUUAUAAGUAGAUAUAUAUAUAUAUAUAUAUAUCUAUUAGUUAUCUGAAUUAAAUAAAUAGUUAUG